GGAGAGAGGGUGGGCAGGCCGGCGGUGGCCGCCCCGCGCUCCUCUCGGAGCCGCCCCCCGAUGAGGGCCCGCUGCGGGCUGGGCUCCAGCGUGCGGCUCAGGGGGCUGUUGCGGUGGUGCGGGCUCGUCUUCGGCUCUUUUCCUUAUGCCGUACCAUAGUGUCAAAGACUCCCAUUCCUCCUAAAGCCAGAACGCCGCAUAAAGCUGGCAAACCCGAGAAUAAUCUUUCCCAGCAGCUACCUUCUAAUAAUCUGUCUGGAGACUUCUGCCAGCUGAGGACUGGAGAUGCCUCUGGAGUCAGCUUUGUAAUUGAAGCAGACUUUCUCCCAGCAAGGGUGGAUGAAGGCACGGUGGGGUUUUUACCGUCUGUGUCCUAUUUCAGGUGUUUCUCAGAUUGACUGGCAAAAUUGGGAGUGGAAUUUGCAAACGGACAGCCUGUAUUUCAAGUAAACAGUAAACAGUUGCUUUGCUUAAGGGUGUAACUGCUACUGAAGUGAAGAUUAAAGGAGGUCUGAUGACAACAAAAGCAAACUUUCCUGUGACAUCAGGAUCUAUAGUUGUUCCUUUUGGGCAUGUGAUUGGAAAUGAGAAGUGGAGAGGGUCAGAGAUAGCCCAAAGGCUACAAGGGAAAAUUAGACUCAUCUUUGAAGAUGGCUUGGGACUUGUGGAUUUUCAUCUUUCAAACAGAACUUGCAUUUUAUAUAUUUCGGAAGCAGAUUUGGUUGCAGGGGAUGAAUUCAAACGAAGAUUGGUUCGGUUUAGAAAUGCCAGCAGUUCUGUGGGAAUUGUAAUUGUGGAGAGAACCCAAAUAAGUGAUCAGUACUUCUUAGCAGUACAAAAGCUUGUUGUGCUGGAACUUGGAAUGGUGUUGCUUCCUGUGGCAAAUCAAGGAGAAGCAUCUCAGCUUAUUACCCAGCUAGUCCGCGAACAAAGUAAGGAUCUCAGCAGUAAUCCCUUUCUUCGUAAACAGCGUUCUCAGCUGGCAGAGCCAUCAGUGUUUCGGACAGUGCAACAAAUUCCAGGAGUUGGGAAAACAAAAGCUCUGCUUUUACUGCAACAUUUUGGAAGCAUCCACCGGCUUUGUAAUGCAUCUGUCGAAGAGCUUGAGCUUGUGGUUGGACAAACAGUAGCACAACAAAUUUACAGUUUUUUAUGUUCCUGACAUGCAUAUGUUAGUGCUGUUCUGGAAAACAAAGACUUUUUGUUUGGUUGUUUCUUGUGAAUUACAGAAUUUUGUUUUUAAUUGUCACAUAUUAUGGUAAUUUCUGUAAUCCUGGUAACAGCUGGAGGGUGUGGACUGUCUAGAUAUUAUUCUGCUGCUGCUUCUUUACAGCUGUUCUGCUCAUGUAGAUUGAGCUGUGAAAAUUACCUUGGAAAGAGGGUAGUAAAGUGUUUUGCGUCUAUCUUGUACAAAAAACUGAGAGAAAGCUGUCUCUUUCAGCAUCCACAGAAAAAAAUGGAAAAGCAGUUUGCUUGCUUGGUUUUGCCUUCCAGAAAUAACCACUUUGUUAGUAUGUGGGUGGGGUUAUCUUCUCAGUAACUGGAAAUGUGAGUUACAGUACUUUUUAAAAAGUUAGCGUACAUUGCUUUUUAGUAAUAUCUUUGAUUUAUAACUUUUUGGAGUUCCUUUGGACGAUCCUACUGGAAUACAUCUUUACCUUUACACUAACUUAUUUCUCUGGUUCCUUUUUCAGUUCACAGGUUGUUAUCGAAUUUAUUCCUUUGUGUCUAAUAUCCAAAAUCUUGGUUAAUUCAUGUUGCACUUUUGAAUAGAGGUUAGGAUAAUUAUAAUAAAUUACAAUAUAUUUUGACACAUUA